CCUGGGGGGUCGCGUUGGGCCGAGACCCUGGUCUGUUCCGCGCGUGGAGGCGCCGCCGGACCCUCGCGGGCUCGCGCGGGCGUGGGGACUGGAGAUGUCAAGCUGCCCCCGAGACGGGCCUUGAUUUUCAAUUUGCUUCAGGUGUUGACAACUUCAGGGCAUCACACUUGGAGACUAUGUGUGGGGAGCGGCGGCUAUCCCAUUGUCCUUGGGAGCCGAAUCUUGAGUAGUAGAGAAGAAGGAAAGAAGGAAAGACCACAUCUCUCUGAAGGCCUGGGAGACGAAGUUUCCUGAGCAUCAGUAAACCCUGCAAGCGUCACUAUGCCGUCCUGAAAUCUUCCAACAGAAAAUGGCUCCAAAGGGUAAAUGAAGCGGGAAAAAUACAUAGAUGCAGCAUUGCGUGCAGCCUCUCCAGAUGUUCGAGGAUAAUAUUCCAGAGAGAAAUUGAUUCCCUUGGAUUAGGUAACUAGUCAGAAUGAAGAAGAUUAGUCUUAAAACCUUCCGGAAAUCUUUCAACUUGAAUAAAAGUAAAGAAGAAGCGGAUUUUAUGGUUGUACAACAACCAUCCCUAGCCGGUGACUUUGGAAAAGAGGAUUCCUUAUUUGGUAGCUGCUAUGGGAAGGAUAUAGCCAGCUGUGAUCUCAACAGCGAAGAUGAGAAAGGCGGAAAGAGUAGAUCAAAAAGUGAAAGCCUAAUGGGUACGUUGAAAAGACGGCUCUCUGCGAAACAGAAGCCGAAGGGCAAGGGCGGCGCGCCCUCUGGGGGCUCCGCGGACGAGGACACCUUCUCAUCCUCCUCAGCCCCCAUCGUCUUCAAGGAUGUGAGGGCGCAGAGGCCCAUGAGGUCCACCUCCCUGCGCAGCCACCACUACAGCCCCACGCCGUGGCCCCUGCGCCCCACCACGUCGGAGGAGACGUGCAUCAAGAUGGAGGUGAGGGUCAAGGCCCUGGUCCACUCGCCCGGCCCGGGCCCGGCCCUGAACGGCGUGCGCAAGGACUUCCACGACCUCCAGGCCGACACCGCGUGCCAAGAACAGACGAACUCGCUCAAGAGUUCCGAGUCUCAGGAUGGGGACCUGCGUCUCCACCUAGAAGAACAUGUGCCUGUCGUUAUCGGACUCGUGCCUCAGGACUACAUUCAGUACACUGUGCCUUUGGAGGAGGGGAUGUACCCUCUGGAAGGGCCGCGCGGCUAUUGUCUGGACGGCUCCUCCCCCAUGGAAGUCUCCGCGGUCCCUCCUCCAGUGGGAGGGGGCUCCUUCCCCGAAGACGAGAAUCAGGUAGACCCGGACCUCGUGGUGGCCCCAGAGAUCUUCGUGGACCAGUCGGUGAACGGCUUGCUGAUCGGCACCACGGGGGUCGGCGUCGUGCUGCAGAGCCCGAGGGCGAGUCCCGACGACGCCCCGCCACUCUCACCGUUGCUACCUCCCCUGCAGACGAAUCAGAUCCAAAGGAACUUCGGCGGGCUCGCCGGCUCCGACGCCCACGUGGCCGAAAGUAUGCGCUGUCACUUGAAUUUCGACCCUAACUCUGCCCCCGGGGUUGCCAGAGUUUAUGACUCGGUGCAGAGUAGCGGUCCCAUGGUCGUGACAAGCCUUACAGAGGAGCUGAAGAAACUUGCGAAACAGGGAUGGUACUGGGGCCCCAUCACCCGCUGGGAGGCAGAAGGGAAGCUGGCCAAUGUUCCGGACGGUUCUUUCCUCGUUCGGGACAGUUCUGACGACCGCUACCUUUUAAGCUUGAGCUUUCGCUCGCAUGGCAAGACCCUUCACACUAGAAUCGAACAUUCAAAUGGUAGGUUUAGCUUUUACGAACAGCCGGACGUGGAAGGACACACGUCUAUCGUGGACCUGAUCGAGCACUCGGUCAGGGACUCCGAGAACGGGGCCUUCUGUUACUCCCGGUCUCGCCUGCCGGGCUCGGCCACCUACCCCGUCAGGCUGACCAACCCCGUGUCCCGCUUCAUGCAGGUGCGCUCCCUGCAGUACCUGUGCCGGUUCGUCAUCCGUCAGUACACCAGGAUAGACCUGAUUCAGAAGCUGCCUCUGCCAAACAAAAUGAAGGAUUACUUACAGGAGAAGCACUACUGAGAGGCUCUGAGAACCCUGUGUCUUGCACUUGGGGAGGAAGAAAAAGAGAUUGAAAUACAGUUUACAGACUCUCCAUUGCUAUCAGAAUCUUUUGCUGCCAUACUGUUUCAGUUUUAUGUGUAAAAGAGUAACCAGUUCGUUCAGGGGUGGGGAAGUGUCGGCAAGGUGUCUUGGGUUUACUUUGGUUCUUUAAAGAGGGAAGUCUUGAGGUUUUACAAGAGUGAGCUAUCUUCCAUCAGUGUGCAGAAUAGUCACAAUGUGAAUGAUCAGAUUCUCCUUACCCACCCCGCCCCCCCCCCGUCCUUUGCUGCUAUCCACUGUGAUUUUUAUGCAUUAAAAGCACAUUUCAUGUGUAUUCAAUCCUAAGUAAAAGUUAAAUGAAACUUAUAGAAUGAACAUUGUUAUGUCUCUUUCAAUGGCCCGUUUUCAAAGAUAGUGUUGAGUAAACAUAGCCGUGUGAUAAAUCACAGAAUUCACACCUACACUGAAAAUGAUUUUUAAUUUCAUACUUUAGAGGGAUUUAUUUAGAAUUAUGAACUGACAUAAUCUUGGGUAAUGGAACAGAGAUCUGCUACAUAUCUUUUACAACAUUCAUUUCUAAAUUAUUUUUAAGGUUGUGCUGUUAUUUUGGUCGUGAGAAGUUGGACUUUUCUGUUGCCUUCAUUUUCAUCUUGUGGUUUGUCUGUUUUAAUAAAUGGCCUUACAGAAUUGUAAAGAAAUGUAUACCACCAAUUUAGAAAUAGUUGCCUUUUCUGUCAUUAAACUCUGGUACAAAUUGGCGUAACAUAAAGACCUAAUGGAACUAGAACUAUUAAAGAAAUACUAGAUGAUCAUAGUUUCCGGUGUUAAGCAGUUUUAUUGUUAUCUAUACUUUCCUUUGGUAAAAUGUUUUACCUGUGAUUUCUUUAGCUUAGUCAAUGUUUUCUUGGCUGAACUCGAUGUAGAAAUGAUUUUCAUAAAUGGACUAGAUCCUCUUGCAACAUAAAGUUUAUAUAAAGUUUUAAAUCGAUUUGAAUAGAUAGAAAGAAAACAUUGUUUUAAAGUUGGGUUUAUAUUUUUCUUUUAUGCAGUCACUAUUAAGAUGUGGUAGAUUUGACCCUUCCUUCCCCCCACCAUAAAAAACAAAAACAGAAAACCAAAGGGCUUCCCUGGUGGCGCAGCGGUUGAGAGUCCGCCUGCCGAUGCAGGGGACGCGGGUUCGUGCCCCGGUCCGGGAGGAUCCCACGUGCCGCGGGGCGGCUGGGCCCGUGAGCCGUGGCCGCUGCGCCUGCGCGUCCGGAGCCUGUGCUCCGCAAC